AUGUCGGAUCACGAAGUAGACGAAGUAGCUACCGUUAUGGCCGGUGGCCCGAUGGAUGUAGACUCAGCCCUGCAGGAGGUGUUGAAGACUGCGCUGAUCCAUGAUGGCCUUGCCCGUGGAAUCAGAGUUGCCGUCAAGGCUCUUGACAAGAGACAGGCGCUUCUUUGCAUUUUGGCAAAUAGCUGCGAUGAACCAGCGUACACGAAAUUAGUAACGGCGCUCUGUUCAGAGCACGGCAUUCCGUUGCUCACUGUAGACUCCAAUAAAAUGCUAGGGGAAUGGUCUGGUCUCUGCAAGAUCGACAAAGAAGGCAAGGCCCGUAAAGUUGUUGGAAGCUCUUGCGUCGUGAUCACCGGAAGUGUGAUCAAAAUGAGUGGGCACACAAUUAUGCUGAUACAAUCCGGAAAUCGACUUGACACCCGUUCUUACUCCGACUUCGACUCGUUGACUGAGUGUCUGGAAGGAAUUUGUCGGCUUUACGAAGAGCACCUGAAGCGUAGUAGUCCUACGACGCCGAGCAUCACUUAUGACAUCUCUCAGCUUUUCGACUUCAUCGACGAUCUGCCGGACUUGUCCGUGUUAGCAUACAACAGUGAACACAAUAUGUACGCCCCUUACGGGAAAGAUUGGGUGAAGGAGAAGAUUUAUGUCAUGCUCCGUCGUCAAGCGGCAACGAAAUGAGUUUUCGAUGUACGAUUGUUUUUCACUCUUCGUGGUCGAUUGUCAUUGUUUAAUGCACUGUUGAAUUUUUUUCCUAUGCUUUUCUGUUGCAACGCGCGAACAUUUUAAUUACUGAAUUCACGCCAAUACAAGACGCACCUCUAUUUUCAUGCCUCUUCGUGUCAAGGAAAAAGUAAGGUCUAAACUGUUUUCUCACUGGC